AUGGCGUUGCGACUCCAUUCGGCUUCCCAUGGGCCAUUCGAGGUGUUUGCCGAGGAAGUACGGGUCCAUUCAGUCUCCCAGGGGCUGUUCGAAGUAUUCGUCGAGCUCGAGUGGUUCCAUUCCGCCUCCCAGGGAUUGCCGGAGGCAUUUGCUGAAGUUGAGCGAGUCCACGAAGUUUCCCAGCCACCACCAUCACCGGGAGACUGCGUGUUGUUCCCGGACCAGGGCAUCGUCGCCCGAAUGCUUCCCUUUUCGCCAAGCACGGCGGGUUCCACUGCCGUCAUCACCGUGUCCAUCGGGAGAAUCGACUCCGCCAGGAGGAUGAGCAGCCCGGAUUACUCUGGGCUGGGCAAUCAGCUGAAGGAUGUCGUGAAGUCUGCCAUCCAGUACAUCGAAGCUUCAGAGUAUGCCAUGUCGGUCUACAUGGUCUUCACCGUCUUCGGUGUCAUCGCCUUGGUGCCGACUACUGCCAUGGAAUUCUCUGGCGGAUUCCUCUUUGUACCAGCCUACGGAUUGCUGGGCACCUUGCUGCUGACUUGCGCUGCCAAGUUCGUGGCGAAUGUGAUCGCCGUAACAUUGGCCAAGUAUGUGAUGCGCGACUGGGUGCGGCGGAACUUUGUGGAUCGAUCUGAAUUACUUCAAAUGGUGUCAGAGGCAGCCAAGGAUGAACCCUUCAAAAUGGCCUUCUUGGUCCGGGGCUCCUACGCGCCUCUGAGCGUCAAGAACUAUGGCCUGGGGGUGCUGGACAUCGGCUACCUCCCGAUCAUGGUGACAAGCUGCAUCUUCUCACCUUUCUAUGCCAUACAGAACAUCUACAUGGGUAGCGCCUGCAAGAGCUUGCAGGAGGUUUUCGCACCUACGCAGUCCACGGAUACUGCCCCCACUUGGACGGGAGCCCUUAAAGCGGCGCUGCCUGUCAUCUUUAACCUCUUCCUUGUGCUCUUCAUGGUCCGCGCCCUUAAAGCGCAGCUCAAGAAGUCUCGAAAUGCCAUGGAGGCGAAGUUGAAGAGCAAGUGA